CAUAAUGCAGGUCGUCGCUGCGCCCUGCACUCGGUCUGCGAUUGUACACUUGGCUUUUGAGACAUUGCAACGAGAAUGACCCGCCUGUUCAACGUCGUCGUGGCUCUACUAGUCGAGAUAUCAGUUUGGGGGGAUGCCAACGAGAUAGCCAGCAUACAUCCCUCUGAUUUGGGCGAAGUGUAUGUGAAAGGAGGAGAGCCCAUCAUGGUGUGCUAUGAUACAGUGAUAGGUGACAUGACGGAAGUAAGGAGAGGAAGGAAAAACACUCAAAUAGACUUCACGCCCGAUGGUUCAUGUCUCAACAUUUCAUCCCUCCAUGUUAGAAGACAAACGUACACAGUCACAGUAUCACUUGGCAACAGCACCGCUACCGCAACUUUUAAACCAUACGUUUCAGUGAUACCUACUGUAAGUAUCCUUCUGGUGAACGAGUCAAGAAAAUUACUAGAUAAUAAACAUUUGUGGGUUAAUGCUGGGGACAGUAUUGUAAUACAGUGUGAUACAACUGGUGUACCCGCUCCUCGUAUGCUUUGGUAUCGUGAUGGCAACGCUGUGAAAAUGCAAGACUAUGACGACAACAACAACAGCUGCCUGACUGUUGCAGACAUAUCUGAGUCCGAUGAAGGAAUGUUUGUAGUUGUAGCAAAGAAUAUAGGAGGAAACGACAGGACAAACUUUACGUUACAUGUGAAAAACAUUGAACAAUUUUCAACAUCCACACCUUCGGUCAACAGUAGCAGCAGUAGUGGACUAGCUAGCUGGGCUGUCGCUCUGAUCAUUAUAUUCAUAUUGUUGCUGUGUGUUGUUGUCGUCGUUGGUCUCCUCCUAUACAAGAAAAAAUGUCGUCCAGAAGGAAGUCACACUCGAAAAAGUCUUCGUCAGUUAAAGCAUGUGACACCUAAUGAGAUGUAUGGAGAAGUUGAUAAUGAGCCCAAAUAUGAUGAUGUUGACGACAUGGUGGCUGAGCCUCAAUAUGAUGAUGUUUACAACAUGCCGGCUCCUCGUGUUAAUGCUGGUGCAAACGGAGUAAAUUCACAGGCCACUAUGGAUAGCAGAGUCGAUGGGGAAGAGGCAACCUAUUGCAAUGUUGAUUAGGAAGUUGGACGAUUUGUCUAGCUCGAAUGCUAGCAAACAAUAGAAAUGACAUUGCUGGCCAAGGUCUACUAAACUGACAGAAAUAGCAGAAGUCAAUGCAAGUAUCUUAUUUCAGCAACCUGGCUGUUUUGCUAUAGUCUCUUAGAUAUGCUGCCUCUGUAGUUAUGGCAAUUUAGUUUUCGAUUAACUUACUAGGUAAGAUAACGUAUGCUCUAAUACAUAUUGUAAACACGUACUUUGGAAUGACACACGUGACACACACACACACACACACACACACACACACACACACACACACACACACACACACACAUACAUGGACACCGGAAGUGUUUCAAAGCGUUGUAGCACAUCUUAGAUUUUUACUACUAUACACAAAAAGAUGUAACUAAAGAACUGUAGUACAUGUCUAGACGGCAAAUGACAUACCUAC